AUGGCGCAGCAAGAAAUUCAACUAGACAGGGAAAGAUUCUCCUGUCCGAUCUGUCUGGAUCUACUGAAGGAUCCGGUGACUACUGUCUGUGGACACAGCUACUGUAAGAGCUGCAUUAACACCCACUGGGACAAAGGGGAGGAGAGAGGAAGCUACAGCUGUCCUCAGUGUAGACAGACCUUCACACCGAGGCCUGUCCUGGAGAAAAACACCAUGUUAGCUGAUUUAGUGGAGGAGCUGAAGAAGACUGGACUCCAAGCUGCUCCUGCUGAUCACUGCUAUGCUAGACCUGAAGAUGUGGCCUGUGAUGUCUGCACUGGGAGAAAACUGAAAGCUCUCAAGUCCUGUAUGAAUUGUUUGGCCUCUUAUUGUGAAAAAAACCUCCAGCUUCAUCUUCAGUCAGCUGCAUUGAAGAAGCACAAGCUGGCGGAGCCCUCAGAGAAGCUCCAGGAGAACAUCUGCUCUCGUCACGACGAGGUGAUGAAGAUGUUCUGCCGCACUGAUCAGCAGUGUAUCUGUUAUGUCUGCUCUGUGGAUGAACAUAAAGACCACGACACAGUUACAGCUGCAGCAGAAAGGACUGAGAGGCAGAGAGAGCUCGGGCUGAGGAGACAAACAAUCCAGCAGAGAGUCCAGGACACAGAGAAAGACAUGAAGCUGCUUCAACAGGAGGAGGAGGCCGUCAAUGGCUCUGCUGAUAAAGCAGUGGAGGACAGUGAGGAGAUCUUCACUGAGAUGAUCCGUCUGCUGGAGAAAAGAAGCUCUGAUGUGAAGCAGCAGAUCAGAUCCCAGCAGGAAACUGAAGUGAGUCGAGUCAGAGAGCUUCAGGAGAGACUGGAGCAGGAGAUCACUGAGCUGAAGAGGAAAGAACAUGAACUGAAGCAGCUCUCAGACACAGAGGAUCACAACCAGUUUCUACACAACUACCCCUCACUGUCACCACUGUGA